AUGAUGCCAGUUCCAAACGACAUCAUGAGCUUCCUCAGUAGCCCCCACCCAGCGUCUGCCGGCCGUGGCCUUGAUCUUCGCGACUCUCUCAAGUCGGACAAUCCAGCCUACCGCAAGUCUCGGCCACGAGCAAACGUACUCGUCUGUAUCCUCGUAGCUCUCCUCGUCCUUCUAGGUCUCCGAGAACCUGUUUCUCGACACUACAGACAUGUCUCAGACCGUAUUUGCCAGAGAUACAUGGCGGUCGAGAAGAGGGCUCGCAGAAUACUCACCCACAACCCCUUGAUUGAUGGACAUGUUGAUCUUGCAAUUGCCAUUCGCGGCUUGUAUAGGAACCGUAUCGACAGUCUCGAAUGGCUGGAAUCAUUCAAGAAUGGAACGCUUGCUGGACACGUCGACCUCGCUCGUCUAAGGCUGGGCCAAUCCGGAGGUGCCUUCUGGAGCGUCUUUGCACCUUGUCCUGCCAAAGCCGACGACUUUUCAGACGAGAACCUUGCCCCCAGCGUUCAGUUCACCCUUGACCAGAUUGACGUCACGAACAGGGUUCUCCAAGCCUUCCCCCGUGAUUUUGCCUUGCGACCUGAUAGCGAAUGCGCCAUGAAAGCCUUCAAGAAUGGAAGGCUCAUUUCUCCCCUUGGCAUCGAGGGACUUCAUCAAAUAGGCAAUUCGGCCUCGAACCUGAGGCUCUUCCACGGACUCGGCGUCCGCUAUGCGACCCUCACCCACAACUGCCAUAACCUAUAUGCCGACGCUGCCUUGUCGGAGAGACCGCUUUCCAAGGCAAAGCCUCACUGGGGAGGAGUGAGUCCCCAUGGGCGCAAGAUGAUUCAUGAGAUGAACCGCCUUGGCAUGAUCGUCGACCUUGCCCACGUCAGCGACGACACCAUGGUAGAUGUGCUCGCCGGCAAGGACGGUUGGGAGGGCUCCAAGGCUCCCGUCAUCUUCUCGCACAGUUCAGCCUACAGCAUCUGCCCACAUCCUCGGAACGUCAAGGACCACGUGCUCCGACUCGUCAAGCAACGCAACUCGCUUGUCUUGGUCAAUGUCAGCCCGGACUUCAUUUCGUGCGAGGAUGUCAAUGAUCCGAGCGGCCUUCCCAAACGAGUCGAGGAGAAUGCUACCUUAGAACAAGUCGUCAAGCACAUCACCUACAUUGGCAAUCUCAUUGGCUUUGAUCACGUCGGUCUCGGUACCGAUUUCGAUGGCAUACAGCUUGUCCCCAAGGGCUUCGAGGAUGUCGCGAAAUACCCCAGUCUGGUUGCCGCCCUGCUGAAAGCGGGCGUCAGCGACUCGGACGCGGCCAAGGUUGUUGGCCGAAAUUUACUACGUAUCUGGAAGGAGGUAGAGGACGUGAGCGCUCAAAUGAGGGCAGCGGGAGCCCCCGUCCUUGAGGACGAAAGAGAGGUGCCAUGA